ACCACGUGUUACGGAAGAACUGAAAUGACAACAACAGCACGCGGAAUGGAGAGGGACGGUCUCUCCUGCUUCAUAUCAGACCAUGAAGGUUUCCAUGGGACCAUAAAAAACUCACCCCAAGACUUUGUGGUGACUGAGAUAGACAUUAAUGGACAACUUGUUAACGGUCCUAAUGUUCAAGAAGAACAUACAGAAAGAGCUUCUCAACCGAGUCAAGCUAUUAAACGGGAUGGUAAAUUAAAACGAUCCAAACCAGAUGACACUGACAUUUUCAAUCAGGAUUGCUUUGAUCUGAAUAUAAUCCUGGGUCCAGCUGUGAACAAAGAGUUGGAACAUUUCACUAACAAAAUGAGAGUAAAAGCUGGUGAGGAAGAAAAGGUGGAACUGUCAUUGGGUACGUAUCCUGAUAAACACCUGAGAGCUGUUGUCCACAGAGCGGUACGAUACAACUUCCCCUUCCUCCAGACUGUGACCAACCAGUCAGAGAUUCGGGUCCGAGAGGACCCGGACUUUAAAGAGCUUGCUAGUUUAGCCUCUGAAGGAGAAGCUGAGGAGUUCUUCAGGUUUAUUGAUGCAAAAGUACCUGGUUCUGCGUUCACCUUCCUGCCCGAUGACAGCAAAGAACACCGAACUUCAGUUCAUCAUUUUGUUAGCAGGCGGUUUGGGAAGCUUGUUGAAACCAAGAGCUUCACCGACCAGCAGAAGACGUCUAUUACAGUGAGACUGAGAGAGAGAAGCAACCCCAAGAAGAGAACAAUAGCAGAUUGUCAAGAGGAAGAAGAGGAGGUGACGUUAUACACAGCUUUCACACUGAGGAAGGAGAACUUGGAGACUUUAGAGGCCAUCAGCUACAUGGCUGCAGUACUUGGAGUGCUUCCGUCUGAUUUUACCUAUGCGGGAAUCAAAGACAAGCGAGCCAUCACCUACCAGGCCAUGGUUGUAAAAAAGAUCUCUCCAGAGGGGUUGCUGAACAAAGUCUCAGAGUUUGAGAGGAGGGGAAUGCAGAUCUCUCAUGUCCGUUCUGUUUCUGAGCCCCUAAAGCUCGGCAGACUCCAGGGAAAUCACUUUGAUCUUGUCAUCAGAGACCUGAAGCCUCAUGGGAAACGUGCACUUGCAGAGCUGCACCAGCUGGUAAAAGAUGCAGUGGAAAAUGUGAAGAACAGAAGCUUUGUAAAUUACUAUGGUCCCCAGCGGUUUGGAAGUGGAUCAUGUGUCCAAGCAGACCAAGUAGGACUGGCGCUCUUAAAGGAGGAAAUGGAGGCUUCUGUUAAGCUGUUCUUCACCCCAGAGGAUGGUGAUGAUCUCCAGAACAAGGCAAAACGUCAUUUUCUUCUCACUGGGAAUGCCAAAGAGAGCUUGGCCCUCAUGCCAGCUUACAAAGCCAGAGAGCGGCUUAUGCUCCGUGCGCUUCACCGCUACGGCAGCGGACAGGAGGGUUGCAUACGUGGCUGGCUCAGUUUACCCCACAGCAUGAGGGUCUUCUACCUCCACUCGUACUGUAGCAGAGUGUGGAACGAAGCGGCCAAAUACCGGCUCCAGAAACUAGGUUUUAAGCCUGUCCAGGGAGAUCUGGUUUGGGCUGGAUGUGAAAAGGGACUCAAAGACACCACAGAGGAUGUAAACACUCCACAGGUCCAUGUUGUGACCUCUGAGGAGGAGAAGGAUAAAGUAUUUUCAUUAGACCAGGUAAUUCUUCCUAUGCCAGGAAAUAGCAUCAAGUACCCAGAAAACUUGCUUGGCCAGUGGUAUCAAGACCGAUUGGCUCAGGAUGGAUUGGGGUUGUGCCGUUUUAGAGUGACUCCUCUUAAACUCAACGUCCCGGGAUGUUAUCGCCCCUUGCUCGCAAAGCCACAGAACAUUACGUACAGCCUGUGGACCGCAGAGGAGCUACAGGGUCAGUCAGACGAGACUUGUGCACCCAGUCUAUCACUAAGUUUUGACCUGGAUGCAUCCUGCUAUGCUACUGUGUGUCUCGGAGAGAUUAUGAAGUGUAAUCUCUCAUAAUGACAGUGAUUAAAAAUGUUUACAGACUAAAAUGAGGGGCUGUUUUGUGCCAUGUUAUGUAAAUGGCUACCAGGACUUCCUGUCGUAAAGCCUUUGUGCCUUCACUUACGGGAAAAGAAGAGGAUCUUUUGGAUGGGUGGCAUCGAUGAGGAACUCUGGAUGAGUCUUGAAGUUGUAUAUGCAAA